GUCAAGAGUAUGACUUUUGUGUGAAACACAUUGGUACAUUUCUCUGAUUGUUGUUACAAUUAUAUGUGCCUUUAAGGAGCACCAAUGUCGGGUGCUAUUUGAUGCGACUAUACAGCACGAAAACGACCCACAUCAUGUGCGAAAUCCAGCUUUAAAAUGUUUUCAAACCAGAUUGAUCCUCACCGUAUGCUUUUCUCUUUAUUACUUAUGUGCUCACACUUGACAUGCAUACACAGUGUUGACUAGAAUGACAUAACUGUGAAUGAAUGAGCCUUUCUAAACUUUUAGUAACAUUCCAGUUUUGAUAGUAUAGUAUCAUAUGAACAUGCCAAGCAUCAUUUUUAUUUGAAUUGCGAGAGAAAGAUUUACAGACGUGAGAGAUCAUCGCAGUAAUGUAUGCAACUUGGGUAGCUGGAAAUAAAGCCUGAGGGUUUUUUUUCGGCGUUAUGGUCGCAGCUGCCUAAAGUGGGUAGAUAACUGCAAUGAUCUCUCAUGCCUCAAUUGUGUAGCGUGUUCUUAUUAGAGAACUGUUUGGCUUACAGAUUCGCGAUACAGCAUUCUACCUACUCCAAGAACACUUUUCAUGGCCUCUGAUAUUGCUAGAGAACGAUUCCACAGGCAAAGCAUCUGCCAGUAUAUUGCUACAAAAGGCCUUGACUCUAGUGAGAAGCCCAAAAGUACAAGACUGUGAGAGUGCAGCUGUUAUAUUUCGACUUAUUCAAAGAAAAUAUGUGUCAGAAUUAGAAUGGGACUGUAACUUCUUGACUGUGGAAGUGAAACCCUCCGCAAUCCUUGCCAGUAAAUCAAGUAGCAGUGGGAAGCUGUUUAGUGUUGUUCAAAUGCUGCAGCAACUCUUGGCUGAACUCAAAAUGCAUGUGAAGGCUGCACAGGACGACAUGAAGUUUGCAUCACGAAAUGCACCAGGCCAUGGCAUUUCAUUGGCCAUGGCACAAAGUGUUGAGGAAACAUUCGAUGAUAUCAAGGACGCUGAGCUGUGUAAACUGCGUGGUGUAGAGUGUUGGCGUCAGCUGCAGACUGUACUGUAUGACACUGUGGACACUGCUGUUCACAUCAUUACUGACAUGAUGGACACGCUGUCUGGAAACUACGGCAGCACUCAUGCAAUUGGUGGGGCGUCAUUUGCUGAUAUAGGUCAAGCCUUGGAUGAAAUAUUAUCGUUCUCAAUGGAUGUGAGUGAUGAGGAAACCAAAGAACCCUUUUCUGUCCAGUCGCACAAAGACAUUGUUAUUUCAUGUUGCUGGCUUCGUAUCAAGUGUGCAUGUCAGCUUCUGGCGGUUAUCUUUGAAAAGAACACAGUUAAACUUGAGCAUAUGUCUAUGGCUACAUUACUUGAUGAUGAAUCUCUCAAGCUUGUCGCAGAAACAGCAUGCAAAGUUAUACUACAGUGCAGGCACCAGGGUGUCGUCCAAAAUUGUCGGGGAAGUUUUAUGAGGAUUUGCCAGUGUCUAUUCCAUUCAUCACAGCCAUGUCUUCACUGUUUGCCAAACACAUGGUUAAAUGAGAUGUUGAGCACAGUGUCUUCAACAAGCUCUGUGACCUCCGUUACUAGACGCAGUGCUGGGCUUCCUGUGGUUUUCUCGACCAUUUUGUCAUGCGAACCAACAUCUGGACAAAGACCUCUGUUAAAACAGUGUAUGGAGUCUCUUUUGGACACUGCAGCAUCACCUCUUCCUACUGUGAUCGACGAACAUAAAGAUCUGCCUCAGGUACACGCAAUCAAUAUUCUCAAAGCUCUCUAUCAAGACACUUCUCUUGGUUGUGGAGUUCUACAGUACGCCUCACAAGGAACUGUAAUGGCUGUCACUGGCUUUGCAUCCUCGUCAUGGGCGGUUAGAAAUGCUUCUAUGCAGCUGUUUGGUUCCUUGGUAAAGCGAAUGCUCGGUCAGCGGCGAGGAACAGAUGACGACCGUGAAAUGAACGCAAUCAAUGCCAUGGACUUUUUUAACAGCUAUCCUGCUUUGCAUAAUUUCUUCCUCAGUCAUUUACAAAGCACAUCAGAUUCUGUUUCUAACACCUCGCUGUUUUCACCAAUGUCAAGACCUGAACUGUUUCCUAUUCUAACACUUCUGUCCAACCUUCACCCAUGCCCUGAAGCCAAUGAAAGUUCCUCGAGCCUUUUGUCAGGCUUUGUCCCUCAUCUCCAAUCACUAUCUUCAUGUCCAACCUAUGCAGUGCGUGUUGUUUCUGCGAAAGCUCUUGUACCAUUCAUACCAUGUGAACAUUUGUUAAACAAGGCAAAAGAACUGGUAAAGCUCCUGCCAGGGCCUGGGGAGAGUUUUUCACAGAACUUUCUUCAUGGAACGUUGCUCCAGAUCAGUGCUGUUCUUCAAGCUGUUACGUGGUCUGCGGUAACCACGACUGGCAGUGGUCUCCUAAAUGAAAUACUGAACAAGAAUUGGAUAUGUUCCUCUAAUAAUUGCUGUCCUUUAACACGAGCUUCCUUCCUCAGUAUUGUCAUGAAGUUUGGGCCUUUACUUGGGAAAGACUUUGAACGUGAUUUUAAACCAGUGCAGUGCAUAGUGAUGGAUAGUUUAGAAGCAUCAGAUCGUGGAGCUAAUCACACAUCACCAGGUGACGCAGAGUGGCACCGUACACUAGUCAGGGCGUGUCUGGAGUGUCAGUUUCAUCAGACGUGGCCCAAAGAUAACAAAACCAAAGAACAGAGAAGCCUGCUAUCCCUUCUUCUUUCAUCAACAGACAAGGAAAGGAGAUUAGCUGCUUUGGAAUAUUUAUCCAAAAAAUCGCGUCAAAUGCCGAACUCGAUCCAAGUCGAUCUAGUGGAUCUUAUAAUUACCGAGAGGGAUCAUGGUUGUGUUGUGGUUGCACUGGACAUGUUUGUGGAGGUCUGGGGCGGGUUAGAUUCUUGUUUAUUGUCUUACGCUGACUUGAAAAUCCUCUGGGACAAAUUGGCGUCAUUUGCUCGUCAGUCACGUGGAGUUAGUGUGGCUGGUAAAGCCAUUCCUGCUUACAGCAUUGCUCUCAAGCUUAUGAUCAACUGUCAAGAAACCAACUCAUCGGAAUUACAAGCGAUGUUAUCACAGUGGCGUGAAUUGAUCGAGACCUAUUGUCAAUGGGAGCAAGAUGAAGUAUUAAGGCUUGGGACAGUUCAGUCAUUACAGUAUUUUGGGGUCACUGUAUUGUGGUAUGUGAUGAAGUGUAAAGAGGAAAGUGAUCUGGAACAGCCGUGUUUUGUAGAGACUGCCAUCAGUGUUCUUAGUUCAACUCUGUGUUUGCUACAAGAUGAAGAAGAGGACGUAAGAUCCACUGCAGCUCAGUUUGUCACUUUCAUCUCUGAGCCUGCAAGCAGUGUGACCUGCUCAGCGGCCUUACAACUCGCAUUUCAUUUCAUGGUUAAACACUUUUGGUCCGUUCCAGCAUGUUGGGUAGCCAUGGAAAUCAUGAUACGAGGACACAAAUCCACUCAGGAUGUCUUGAAAGAAUACUCACGAGCGAAACAAAUGCUGUUUGAGCAGGAGGACUCGAACCUUUAUGUUGAGCCCGUGAUCUUUGCCAAAAUGGUUGUGGAGCACUUCAAGCUUGUUAUCAGCAAGAUACUGCCAUGUGAUAAAAAUAACGUUACAGAUNAUUUCCUUGAGUGGUUUGUGACCGCGUGUCAGAGACUCGAAAACGAUCUUCGGGCACUGAGUGAAUCAGGUUUAGAGGAUUACGGAUCUCUUUCCAAUCCUAAACCAUUUACUGUACGGUUUCGUGUCAUGUGUAUGGCGCAAGUGCUUUGGUGUGUGAUCAACAGUGGUGUGAGGAACGAUUCAUGCUUAAAGGAAAUCAAUGCUGUCAAAGAACUGCUGGUGAAGAUGGUGCAGGACAUUAUUCAGGUGAACAACCCGCUUCAUCCAUGGCUUACAGAACAUGCGAGCGAGUUAAUAAGCAUAAUCUGUGAACAAGAAGAAGCUAAAUAAGAGUAAAUACAGCGAUACGAGAAGAGGGGAUGAUAUCUUUGUAAUGUACACGUGUACGUUGUGACGAGGUCCUUCAAGUAGCAGCCAGCUGUGAACUGAACAUUGACCUUUAGGCUACCUUGUCUGUUCGAAGUCGUAAUCACAGCAUGAAGGACACUACAUUUGUCUUGGAAGCGGAUCAUUUGUGUCAAGAAAGACUUAGCUGCUGAAGAAGUGUUUUGUUGCCGUCUACAGAUAAAAUGAUCCAGGCUUUUUACAAAUUUGUUCAGUACUUAUUUUGUUGAAGGGCUUUUUUAAUAUACCUUUUCAUGCUUCACACAAAUAAGAGGUGACAUUUUAGGACAGUGAACUGUACAAAUCUACGAUUAAAGACCGUCCAAGAGCAAUGAAAGAGCUGCAAAAGUAAUGAAAGAGCUACAAAAGCGAGCAAAGUCCCACUGACGUUUGGUCGUAAGCUCAAAGUUAGAAUGAAAUGUUAUUAAUGCUAAGUCCAAACUAUAGGUGGUCGACGAAAAAGAAACGCUAACGAUAAAAAAAAAAUUAUUGUCUUGAGCAAUGAGUCUUGUACGAAAGGAGUCAGUCUGUGUUCUAAUUAGGGUUGAUAUUCAACGAAUAGCAUCACAUAUCCGAGGCAAUCAAUGGGGACACUUUCUCGAUUUCUUUUAGAAGGCUAAUGUGAGUUUCUAGUCGCCGAGAUCUUGUUUUAAAAAUGUGAUGUUGUCGUC